UUUUUAAGAGUCACCAUAAAACAAUCUUCCAAAACAGAAAAGGCCCACCACUUCAACAGAUUCAUUCAAAUUUCACUCUCUUAUACACCCCAUCUCCAUCCUUCUCAGCCGUUCCUUUCACAAAAAUCACUGAAUAUCACCAUUUACUAGUUUUUUAAGCUUACCUAACCGUUAACAAUUCCAAAUUUCUUGCGAGUACAGAUUCAUACAAAACUCCAGUUCGAGCCAAAAACAGGAUCGAAUCUUAUUUAAUUCCCUGAAAGAGUCUGCAUUUUAGUUUUCACAGAUUAUCAGCAACACCCAUUUGAGAUCAUACCAUAAUUCACAUGGCACGGUUCGCCGGCAUGGAAGAAACUGAUAAAAGCUACCACGGAUUCUCUCUUCCGGUCAAUUCCGAUCACAAGGCAACUGAAUUGCGGUUAUUCUCAGCGUCGCCGCCCCACAUGCGUGCAUUCCACCUUGCAUGGAUAUCACUCUUCACAUGCUUCUUAUCGACAUUCGCCACGGCUCCGCUCCUUCCGAUCAUCCGCGACAACCUCAACCUCACCGAUACAGAUAUCGGCAAUGCCGGCAUCGCAUCUGUCUCCGGCGCCAUUUUCUCAAGGCUGAUCAUGGGGCCCGCCUGCGACCUCAUCGGGCCCCGCCUCACUUUGGCGACUGUCUCACUCCUAAUCGCUCCCACCGUCUGCUUUACCUCCAUCGCCUCCUCCGCCACACCCUUCAUACUCCUCCGCUUCUUCGCCGGUCUUUCGAUUGCCAACUUCGUCGCUAACCAGUUCUGGAUGAGCUCCAUGUUCUCCGCCUCUGUCGUUGGCUUCGCCAAUGGCAUCGGCGCCGGAUGGGCUAAUGUAGGGAGCGGCGCAGCCCUGCUCCUGAUGCCGCUUAUCUAUUCCCUCAUAUGCAGUAUCGGUGUCACAUCGUUCACUGCAUGGCGAGUCGCUUUCUUCGUCCCUGCAACGCUCCAGGCUGUAACGGCGAUCAUGGUGUUGGUGUACGGCCAGGAUUUGCCUGAUGGAAACUUCAGGAAGCUUCAAGAUUCGGGAGAGAAGCAGAGGGAUGAUUUCUUCAGUGUCAUUUUCAAUGGGAUAAAGAACUAUAGGGGUUGGAUCUUGGGUUUGGUCUACGGCUACUCUUUUGGCGUCGAGCUGACUGUAGAUAACAUCAUCGCGGAAUAUUUCUACGAUCGGUUUGGGCUGGGAAUUCGGGUUGCUGGGAUGGUAGCGGCGGGUUUCGGGCUGGCGAAUGUGGUGUCUAGGCCGUCAGGUGGGAUGGUUUCUGAUGCGAUGGGGAGGAGGUUUGGGAUGAGAGGGAGGCUGUGGAGCUUGUGGGUGGUGCAGGCCAUUGCAGGAGCUCUGUGUGUACUGCUCGGUCGAGUAAACUCGCUCGGUGGCUCUGCUGCUGUGAUGUUCGCUUUCUCUUUGUUCGUUCAGGCCGCCUCCGGACUCACAUUCGGCAUCGUUCCUUUUGUUUCUAAGAGGUCAUUAGGAGUAAUAUCAGGAAUGACUGGGAGUGGAGGAACAGUGGGUGCAGCUGUAACCCAAUACCUCUUCUUUUCAGGCUCAAAUUUUUCAAAGGAAACAGGCAUCACCCUCAUGGGCAUCCUCAUUCUUACCUCUACUCUGCCCAUCACCUUCAUACACUUCCCCCAAUGGGGAGGCAUGUUCUGCGGCCCAUCCGUCGAAGCAAAUGCCACAGAAGAAGAUUACUACUUGCUCGAAUGGGAUACAAAGGAGACAGAUACAUCCAGCCCACAAGCUUAACAAUCAUUCCCAUGAAUGAAUCAGGCAAUAGAAUGACUGUGAAUCCUAGCUAUCCAAUACUUGGCUUACAUAUAUUUGCCUGUGUUUGCUUUGGUGGCCCACAUGCUGAAUGGUUAGAUGAUCAGAACUGACCAUGAUGUGGACUCAAUGUUGUAAUGGCAUACGUAAGAAACUUAUUGUGACUA